AUGGCAAGGACACGCCGUAGCAGUGUCUCUGCAGCCCACGAACUUUCCUUGCCGGAAAGUCAUCCGGACUCCCAGGGAUUUACUGGUGGUCGUCUUACUUUAAACAAGGCAGAACCUAGAGUGUCUGUCAGUGCGGCUCGUGUAGACCGCAUGGGCCUUCAUUUGUCCCUAACGAUCCCCUUUGACUCUUCUGUCGCACCAAAAGCAGGAAGAAACACAUGUAGAGAGGCUCCAAAGGAGACCACGUUUUCGCGUCAAAACCCCCCCACUGAUCCAACAACGUGGCGCAGAACGGCUUACUCCAAAGGAUCUUUGCUGCACCCUACCGGAAACGUAUCCGCUCAUUCUACUCGUCAAGCAAGCCAGAAGGCGAAAGAAGCACAGGCAAACAAAGGCUUACUGAAGACAAAUGGCCAUGGUCGCACUCGCGCAGGCACACCGAUGCGUACGAUAGAGGCUGGCAUGCCAGCCAACACACGUAGCACCCCUUGGACAAAUGGUGCUUCACCGUCACACACCGCUACUGCAUCAUUGAGAGAGACUCCAUACAAUCUUAGAGAGAGAUGGACAGCUGUGCGGGGGACCAAGCUACAUGAAGAAGAUUUAGUAUCAUUUCCAUGCGUAAUAUGUAGCACUCGUGGCAAGCGAGCACGAGUGCGGCAGGUGUCUGCUAGUUCCUUGUCAGAAAGCGCGCUGAGUUCGCCUGCAAUGCACCAUGAUACAGCAAAUGGGCGUGCCUUUUCUUCCACUCAGAUGCCUGCCCGGGGCUUGGGCUCUAGAAAAUAUAGUGGCACAAUGCUAACCAAACAAAUUGCAGGCCUCUACAAACUACUGCAAAUUAGUCAAACUUUAUAUGCAAAACAACGUCAUUGUAGAGCAGGUUGUAGGAACGAUACGAGUAACGGCAGCAUGGGUGCGCGAAGACAUAGUUCAGAGAGCCCUGGAUACUUCGCUCACCCAAUAGUAACGCAAUGCUUUGACUUUUGGAAGGCUGGUACAGGAGGACUGGGAGCUUCCGCAACAAAAGUCAUAAGCUGCCCUCUCAGGAGCUAUCCGAAAAAUGCAUUUUGGGUGGGGCUUACCCUUUUGGUAAGCUUUUGGAGGGGGGGCUCCGGGUGGUAUUUCUGGCUGCUUGCAGCUGUAUGCUCCGCGCUUUUGGAGCCAUUCAAUUCCGUAGUCCUUCUUGAGCAUGGUAGCCACCUUACACGCGGCCAGUUUUAUCUUACUGAGUCUCCGGAAGUGCUUCAGCAGUGCUCGCAGCUAGGACGCAUCUGCAUAGAAGCCACAAGGGAGGUUUGUGGCCUUCCCGUUGACUUACCACUGCAUGAAUGCAUAUAUCUUGGUCAUGACGUGGCAGCAAGAGACUCUGGUGGCUUUGUCGACUACGCCCAAACCUCAGGAAGUGCAUCUCAAGGAACGCUUGCUUUGGCACAGCUGCUCCAAGGGGUGGCUUCGUUCGUAUUGCCUCAACUGCCGUCCGCCUUAAUACCUGUACCACCCGUUCACGGCACUUUGGAAUCGGAGGGUGACACACUUCUGCAAAGCUACUUUCCUUUGUAUAAUCAUACAAAUGACCCCGGACGACUAGUGUCAAGCACAAAUGCUGCAUAUAUAAUCCCGGACAAGACUGGCCAGCUAGGGAUUGCCCUAGCUCGCCGCUCAUCGAUCUUCGCAAUUGCCAUGGAAACGCCUGAAGCAGUGAAACCGGAGGGAGAGUGUGCCUCUCCAGAAGUGCGCCACUUUUCCGUGUACAUACAAGUGGAUGAUGAACAUCGCUCUAUGUGUCCGUCAUCCUCCAGAGAUACAUUACAUGCGAAGACGCACGCGAAAUCCCGUGGUCGGUGGUGUGAGGUCGGAAGUUUUGAAUAUCGAUGCUCUAGCGUAAGAGCUCUGCAGGUUUUUUGCCUGCAUACUCCGCGUCCAAGUUCAAGACCGGCAAGUCCCUGGACUACUACCGGCAGUGGCGUUUGCAGGGGCACAACGGGGUGGCAAACCGAACGAGUCUUCAUUGUACUGAAAAGUAAUUGGGGAGCCGAUGCAACCCGUGUGCAUAGACUUCGGGUCUUGGCAAGACCCUCACCACCCUAA